UGCAUGCAGCAAAACACCCGACAUUCAUACAAUGCAUAUUUCGGCCUUGGAAAUCGGAGGAUACUUACAGCAUACACCUUAUUUCAUCAUUACCAGGUAAUAACUAAUGGAUCCUGAGUUAAGGGAUAAAAUCGCAUUCUUUGAAUGCCUUGACGCGGUCUGCGAGGAGAAAGACACCUUAGGCGAAGAUGAGGAGGCAUAUAGGCAGAGGAGCAAGGCUUUUCGCUCUGUUACCUCGAAACCCUCCUCAGCCGUCACACAGACUUCGCAAAGACAAAUCAGUCAGCUUGGUGCUACGGUAACCAAGAGGAAGGUGUCGGAUCUCAUCCCGACGAGUAGCGACCCGGACGUGGAGAUCAUAGCAGUGACCCCACUCAACGGGAACAGCAACGGGAACGGCAAUAACAACCCGAAGGUUGCCGGCCGAAGUUUGUUAGCAGGUGCACCCGCUAGUGACAGUAGUGUUGUCCCUGAGACCGAGAUCGUACCAACGAAGCAACCUCUCCGUCGCUCUACGCGUUCGUCAGUUCACCCAGCGAGACAUUCCAGUCCUCCAAGCGAUCCUUCGCCUUUAGUCAGGAUGGGAAAACGCAAGAAGGAAGCUCCCCUGAAAUUGGUCCCUGAGAAACAACGAAUAUUCAAGGACUUCUCAUUCUAUUAUAUCCCCAAUGAUGAUAUAAACCCAGCUCGCAGGCUACAAAUCACCAAAGCUCGGGAACACGGCGCCACGUGGUGUCGGGAGCUUGCUGGAGCGACACAUAUCAUCGUUGACAAGAAGCUUACCUAUGCCGACAUAGAGCGGCAUCUCCAAGAUGACCCUAAGUUUUCAGAAAAGGUUCUCGUCAACGAGACCUAUCCCAUCGAUUGUUUAAGGCGUCGUAUCAUCGCCAACCCCGUUCAAGGUCAAUACAAGGUUGCUGGCGUGCCAGCGUUGGCCGAGCAAGCACCCCAAGCACCGUUAUCUGAAGGUGAAUCAGACACGUCACUUAAGCUUAAGCCGAGACGGAAAAAGGCUACAAGGCGGGCUUAUAUGUCUGCUUCGAAUACUCAGUCGAGUAGUGAGGUGUCUCCUUCCCAACGGCCGCGGACUCGAAGUUCAACAGCGAAUCACCGACAAUCGCAGGUGCAGAAGGAGACACUCAUAGAAGAACCAGAGGAAGCCAUCGAAGCAAAUGACGACCUUACGCAAUGUAUACACGAGAUGAAAACUACCGAUGGCGCAUUGCUGGACGAUGAUGAUAUUACCAGGCCAUCAACUGCUGAUGAAGCUGAGGUUGAUGCGAAUGCAGACGACUUGUCCGAUGCCGACGCCUCGGAUGACGAAAGACCAACGAAAAAGAGAGCAACCAACAGCAAUGGCGGCUCGCGGCGGAAGAAACUUGACUGGCAAGAAAAAUUCAUUUGCACGAAGGGCGGCACGAAGAACGGCGACGAUAAAAAUCCCAAUGCCGAAACAAUCAAGGUCCUUCAAGGGAUGUUAGAAGUUCAUACACUCGCUCGUGACGAUUUCCGAGUUCGGGCUUACAGAUUAGCUAUCUCGACACUCCGAGCACAACCCAAGAAGAUAUGCACGGCCGAAGAAGCCCGUGCUUUACCGCAUAUUGGUCGAAUUGCGGACAAGAUCGAGGAGAUUGUCAAUACGAAUCGACUUAGACAACUCGAGUACGCGCAAGAUGACCCUCGCAGGAAAAUCGUAGCCCAGUUCGUGAAAAUUUACGGUGUUGGUCUAUCCCAAGCGCAGAAAUGGAUUGCGCAGGGAUUUAAGACCCUGGACGAUCUUAGAGAUAAAGCCGAGCUGAACGCCAACCAGAAAAUCGGGUUGGAACAUUUCGACGACUUGAAUACUCGGAUUCCGCGGUCGGAAAUGGAUGUCCUAGCUGAUUGCGUCAAAAAGACAGCCACAGCUAUUGAUCACAGAGUGGAGUUGAUUGUUGGAGGUAGUUACCGUCGCGGAGCGGAUAAUUCUGGUGAUAUUGACUUCAUCAUUACUAAGAAAAGUACAUCUUCUACAAAGGAACUCGCACCAUUUCUAGAUCGGCUCGUCGGUACCCUAACGGAAGAGGGCUUCCUUACCGCCGAGCUUGCUGCGCACCAUGGUGGCGCUGAUGACAUAGAUGGCGGCAGCAAGUGGCAUGGAUGCUGUGUGCUACCGGAACACGCAUUUCCCGGUCCCAAAAAAGAACAUCGACCAAUUUGGAGGCGUAUCGACUUGUUACUAGUGCCAGAAACUGAAAUUGGCGCUGCCCUAAUUUACUUCACGGGUAACGAUAUUUUCAACAGAUCGAUACGACUACUCGCGCGAAAGAAGGGAAUGCGAUUAAAUCAACGGGGUCUGUACACGGACGUAGUACGAGGAAAGGGGAACAAGAGAUUAAACGAAGGAACGUUACUUGAGGCACGGGAUGAGAAGAAGAUAUUCGCGAUUCUUGGCGUACGGUGGAGAGAACCUCAUGAGAGAUGGUGCGGUUAGGUAACUGACGUAUCAUUUUAACUACUUGCAUACGCGGAGUUAUUACGGCUAGCAUUACAUCCCUCACUUAAAAUGUUCCUCUUAUUAAUUGACUAGUCGUGAUUAGCUAUAACCUUUUCAGGCGUCCCUCGCCUCUAGCCCGAACCCGUGGAUCUUGUAUAGGAAACC